AUGGCUUUCUUCAUGAAAAGUAUGAUCAGUAACCAGGUAAAGAACCUGGGAUUUGGAGGGGGUUCGGAAGAGAAGAAAGAAGAAGGAGGCGCGUCCGAGCCUGCUGCAGCUCACGGGAUGACGAGAGAGGAGUACGAAGAGUACCAAAAGCAAAUGAUCGAGGAGAAGAUGGAAAGAGAUGCUGCAUUUACGCAGAAAAAGGCGGAGAGGGCGUGCCUCCGAGUGCAUCUCAGGGAGAAGUACAGGCUCCCGAAGAGUGAAAUGGAUGAGAAUCAAAUCCAGAUAGCUGGAGAUGACGUGGAUUUGCCCGAAGACCUCCGGAAGAUGGUAGAUGAGGACCAGGAAGAGGAGGAGGAUAAGGAUUCCAUUCUGGGGCACUUACAGAAUCUGCAGAACAUGGACUUGGAUGCCAUCAAGGAGAAGGCCCAGGCCACCUUCACGGAAAUCAAGCAGUCCGCCGAACAGAAGUGCUGUGUGAUGUGA